AUGGGUUUGCCAUUACAGGAGUCAGUGACGUUUAGGGAUAUAGCUGUGCUCUUCAGCCGGAACGAGUGGUUGCACCUGGACUCUGCCCAGAGAACCUUGUACCGGGAGGUGAUGCUGGAGAACUACAGCACCCUGGUCUCGCUGGGGAUUCCAUUUUCAAUGCCAAAGUUGAUCUGCAAGUUGCAACAUGGAGAAGAUCCCUGUAUGGUGGAAAGAGAAAUCCCUCAAGAUACCUGCCUAGGUUUCAAGAGAUGGCCUGAAAUAGACGCAUUGCCUCCUGAACAGGACAUUUCUAUAGAAGAAACAUCUCAGGGAAUAAUAAAGAAAAAAUCCAUUAAGUUUGGUCACUUGGAUGUCACGUUUGGAGAAACUUUGGAAUUUGAGGGCAGGAGACAGCAAAAGCAACAGAAGAAACCUCUCAGGCAAAUGAUGGCCUCACACAAAAAAACCAUCAGUGAAGCUGGAAACCAGACAAGUCUUGAAUUAGGGAAAGGCUUAUUUAUAAAUACAGUUCUUGUUAGACAACAAAGUGCUCCUAUAGAAAGGAUACCCAAUAUAUAUUAUACUUCUGGGGGAGAUUUUAAACAGAAUUUUGAUCUAAUGAGAUGUUUCCAGAUUUACCCAGGAGAAAAAGCUCAUAUUUACAGUGAAUAUGGAAAAAGCUUCAACCAGAGUCUACAUCUUACUGAACACCAGAGAAUUCAUACUGGUGAGAAACCUUACAAAUGUAAUGAGUGUGGGAAAACCUUCAGCCACAGAUCAUCCCUUCUUUCCCAUCAGAGAAUUCAUACUGGAGAGAAACCUUACAAAUGUAAUGAAUGUGAGAAAGCAUUUAGCAGUAGUUCAACCCUUAUCAAACAUCUGAGAGUGCAUACUGGAGAGAAACCCUAUCAGUGCAAGGAAUGUGGUAAAGCCUUUAGCCAGUGUUCAACCCUCACUGUACAUCAGAGAAUUCAUACUGGAGAGAAACUCUAUAAAUGUGGAGAAUGUGAGAAGGCCUUCAAUUGUAGAGCAAAACUUCAUAGACAUCAAAGAAUCCAUACAGGUGAGAAACCCUAUAAAUGUAGUGAAUGUGGGAAAAGUUACAUCCAGUUUACAUCCCUGGCUGAACAUCAGAGGCUUCAUACUGGAGAACAACUGUGUAAAUGCUUGGAAUGUGGGAGAAACUUCACUCGCAUCUCAACCCUUAUUGAACAUCAGCGUAUUCAUACUGGACAAAAACCAUAUCACUGUAAUGAAUGUGGGAAAGCCUUCAACCAGUAUUCAUCCUUUAAUGAACAUCAGAAAAUUCAUACUGGGGAAAAACUUUACACAUGUGGAGAAUGUGGGAAAGCCCUUGGUUGCAAAUCUAACCUUUAUAGGCAUCAGAGAAUUCAUACUGGAGAGAAACCCUAUCAGUGUAAUCAGUGUGGAAAAGCUUUCAGCCAGUAUUCAUUCCUAACUGAACAUGAGAGAAUCCAUACUGGAGAGAAACUCUAUAAAUGUGGAAUGUGGGAAAGCCUACAGUUACAGAUCAAACCUUUGUAGACACAAAAAAGUUCACAAUAAAGAAAAACUCUAUAAAUGGAAGGAAUAUGGGAUCAGAGAAUUUCUUAGAGGAGAAAAGCCCUGUGAGGUUUAAUUCAUCUCUCAAAUAAUUUAAGAUUUCUCAUUGGAG